CCCCACUUCCGGCACGGAGCGGUGCGUUCCCGGGCGUAGGUCCGCCGCGCCGGGCGCCCGGGAGCACAGGCGCUCACCAACCCUUCCCCGCCGCCGGGUCCUCGCCCGCUCCUCCCCGCGCGCCCCAUCCCGGGUUCCGUUCUUCCCAGGUCCCCCGGACGGCUUUAGAGGGUCGGGCGCUCCCUGCCAUGACCUUGGUGAUCAGGAAUCUGCAGCGAGCGGUCCCCCUUAGGAGGGUGCCGCUUCGCGGGAAGAUGGAGGUGGUGAGGAGUAUUUUGGGAGUACAGAAAUUUGACCUGGGAAUCAUCUGUGUUGACAACAAGAACAUUCAGCACAUUAAUAGGAUCUACAGAAAGAAAGACGUCCCAACCGAUGUGCUUUCUUUUCCAUUUCAUGAGAAUCUGAAAGCAGGUGAACUUCCCCAACCUGGUUGUCUGGAUGACUGUAAUUUGGGAGACAUUUUCCUAGGAGUGGAGUAUAUCUUUCAGCAGUGCAAAGAAAACGAGGAUUACUACGACACGCUGACUGUCACAGCCACCCAUGGACUCUGUCACCUUCUAGGCUUCACACACAGCUCGGAGGAUGAGUGGCAGGAGAUGUACCGCCAGGAGGAGCAAGUGCUGGAGGAGUUGAGGCGUCGAACAGGAGCAAGGCUCCAGCCCCUGAGCAGGGGCCUCUUCUGAUGCAGCGGAGGCUCCAGGUUCCAGGACUUGUUGGAGGGGUGUACCUAGAAUCAAGGAGCUCCAGACUGCAGCUGUACUGGUCGUGCUGUGCUGGGGGGCCACAGAGGCGCCAGCCCAUGCUGAGGCUAAAUUCUAGGAGUGGAACUUGGUUUCUUGAACUACCAGAGAAGUAUCUAUCCCUUUGUUUAGGACACAGCAGAUUGUUUUCUUACUAAGCAGAAUAGUUGUAAGCCUUUACAGUGGAGGGAGGGAAUGGUAAACCCCAUAUGCUUCUUUAGGGUCUGCCAGUCUUCCACCCUGAAGAACUGAAGAGCUUUGGUGAAAAAGCUUGUCUACCCCUGCAGCCUGCCUGGCAGUGGACACCACCGCCCAGAGCACCCAUGCUUCCUCCUUCCUAGGGACAGCUCCUGCAGCUGCACAGGCUGGAGAGUGCUAGAGUCUCACCCUCAGGAUCUCUGUGCCUGAGCCUUGCUACCCCUGAGAAGAGUGACUAGGACAAGGGUGGCCUGCCAGCAAUAGGUGCACCAUACUUGACCUGAAUGGAUGCCACCAACACAGAGGCUCCUCCCUCUCAUCUCCCCCAAGGCCUCAGCUGCCCAGGACCACAUGGCAUGCAAGGGUGGAGGUGAGGAAGCUGGUGGGCCAUGGCUCCCCACCACCACACCUGCCCAGUGCCUGCGCUAUUCCCUCCAGGAGAUGAAGCACCAACAUCCUUCUGCAGGAAAUCUCCCUUGGUUGGUAUUUCCUAUUUAUCCUCUGAAAAUUGAAAGAAGCCUGGAGUUCCAGAGCUUGCACAGGUAGGGUUUGUGAACCUGGCCCCUCCCAGGUUCCUACGCUGCCAAAUGGCUCCAUAGGCUAGGUGGGACUAUGGGUCUUAUGGGGGUGACAUGUAGCCUCUUGAAGUCUUUUAACCAUGAAACCUGGUGAUACUAUGAUCCUAAUCCUUGUGUCUCCCAUUAAAUGAUCCAGAAGCAUGGAGUGCCUUUCUGUGAGAAAGUUCAGUGGUCCAUUUUCAGAAUAUAGUAUUUAGCCUWAAUGGGGAUGUAAGAUCCAAUUGUGGCCAUUUCAACUAUAGCCCUUCACUUUUCCCACUCAAUUUUAAAGCUAGCUAAUCAUGAAGAUUGUAACCCUGAGCUGCUCCUCUCAGAGCCAGGGCAGUGCUGCAUUAGAGAUAAAAGCAGGCCGACUGCCCACCCAGGGGUGCUUGCUGUCAGAUUCUCUUUGGUAGCACGCCUUUCUGCAGAAGUAAAGUUUGCCUUGCCAAGUAACUUCUGAGCAUGCAUUUGAUUCCUGUGGCAUCCAGUGUUUCUAACGUUUUUCCCCUCAACUCUACCUUUCUUGGCCUGGAUUGUCCCCUGGCUCUCUGGAUGUGGAGUUGGCCUGCCCUGGUUCUGCAGUCACUGCUGCCUGUGCCUGACCUACUGAUAGUUAAGAUUGCUCUCAGUUUAAUGUCUAAUAACACAAAUCAAUAGAAGCAGCCACACAACUUGGGUCCACAGUCCUUUUGAAGAGAUUGGGGGACCCUAAGAGGGUGGGGGCCCUAAUGGGUUUGGUAGAAGCACUUAUUUAUUUAUUUUAGUGCUAGAGAUCAAACCCAAGGCCUUAAAUAUUCACACAUGCCAGGCAAGUGCUCUACCACUGAGCCACAUCUUAGCCCUUUAUAUUUUCUUAAAACCCACCCUGUGUCUUAACAGAGAACACAAUCAAGUGUCCUCCUAAUGUAAAUUCAGAAAUGUACACUGUGGCUGUGUCAACAGCUAUGGCCAAACCUGGCCACACAGUGAGGGACAGUCCUUUUUGUCUACUCCAGGAAGCACUUGGUGUCCUUGGCCCUUCAUCUGCCUUGUAUCCCAAGUUCAGCCCAACCAGUGUCUGGGGCAUCUGGGAUUCUGAGGAAAGCUGCGUGAAGUCUGUGGUGAACUGGUGCCUAGAGGCUCCUGCGAUUGUGUGGUGGUCUUUCAUGCCCUUUGGGUCACCUUCAGUGCCUCUCAGGAAUGUCAGGUGUGUACAGUGAGCCCCUCCCUCACAUAGCAUAGGCAAGGCACAGCCUUAAGCAGCCCGGCGCCACCUGCCAGACUGCAGGUCCUCCCGCCGCCCCUGCAGCUCCAGCCCACCUCAGGAUCUUCUGGGCUCUCCAGCCUUUCCCUGGUGAGGUGCAGAGUUCCUGCCCCUAGUGUGCUCCCGCAGGCAAGGUCAGCAGCAGAGCUCACAGAGCCAGGAAGCUCAUUCGGCCCUGUUAACUCAGUAAGGCCAGUCCAUCCAGAGACGACCAAUGUGGCCAAAUUUCUUCCUUUUAUCAAGUUAACGACUA